AUGAACAAAGAUAGGCUCAAUCCAGGCAAUGAAUCAGAUGGCGUAGUCGAGUCGUUGAAGAUCAUCACACGGACAAAGUGCAAGCAGAUCGCCCGCUUUGCCUUUGACUUUGCCCUCAAGAACCACCGCAAACACGUCACCUGUGUCCACAAGGCUAACAUCAUGAAGCUCGCUGACGGCCUCUUCCUUGAGACUUGUUGUCAAGUCGCCAAGGAAUACAAGCGCUCCGGAAUCACUUUCAGUGACAUGAUUGUCAACAAUGCCUCCAUGCACCUCGUCGCUAAACCCCAACAGUUUGACGUCAUGGUCAUGCCCAACCUGUAUGGGGCUAUCGUUGCCAACAUUGGUGCGGCUCUCGUCGGAGGACCGGGGAUCGUUCCGGGGGCAAACAUUGCCGGGAGUUUGCGUUAUUCGAGCCAGGUUGUCGACUUGUAG